AUGAUAAAUGAUGAUGAAGAUCAAUGCGAUGAGGUGAAUAGUGCAACAAUGAGAAAAUUGGCAUUUGAAAGAAUUGAUGAUGAUUAUUAUUUGGGAUCUGGUGCGGUUGGAGAUGAUUUAGGCGAUUCGGAUGAUGAUUUGAGGUGAGACAAAAUUGACUGGGAAAGUUCAAAAACUUUCAGGGGGUUUCGAGAGCAGACUGGCCUCGUUUUGAAUUUUUUUUUAAAUCAAGGGGCUCGGACUAUUUUAGUAGGCUGGUUCGUUUCAGCUCGAGAAUUCAAAAUUCAAAUUUUUCACAAACAUUCAAAAAUUAAUCAAGAAAGUUUUUGAAUAGAAUUUAAUUUUAAAAAUGUAUGUACUGGAGCAAUACAAUAUCUAAUCAACAGAGCCUUUUUUAUUAUUUCUGAAAAUUUCUGAACGGCUUCAUUUUUCGAAAGUAUUUUUUUCAAAUCCGUUUCAAAUUUUUUGACUAGAAAAAAUAUCCAUUUCAAAAACCAUCAGACUAAAAUCUUAUCAUAAUCGUCCCCGUUUUUCCUUCUUCUUCUUCUUCUUCUUCAUUUUUUUGACGUCUAGUCAAAUCAAAGAUACAAAAAUCGCAACAUUUUCUUUUCUUUAUUAAAUGAAUGUUAUCAUAGGAUUCAUUCAUUUAUUUUUUCUCAUCCUUAAACGUCACAAAAAAUAAGGAACCUUUUCAUUCUAUUUAUCUAUCUGUUUUUCUUCUUCGCGCUUUACUGUGAUAACACAACAAUUAUUAUAAAUAAUAUUAGGAGAAAAAGAGAUAUAUUAUCACAAUGGAAUGUGCGAAGCUAUCAUGAAUGAAAAAGAUAAAGAAAAUUAGGGAUUUUUGACGGAAAUGAAUGGAAAAAAUAGGCGAAAAAUUGAUGGAUGAAAUCAAAUAAUCGAUCAUUUUUGGAUUAUGUUUUUAUAAGAAAAAAUAACAAGUUAGAUUAGAUGAAAGUGGAACAGAGAACACAUGAUUUAAAAAUGGUUUUUGAUCAACGGAAAAAUUUUUCAGUUCGGAUGAUGAAGUGAAAUCAACAUUGCGAAAAAUAGCUGGAUAUGAUGAGAAAAAAGAGGUGACAAAAGAUGCAUUUGGGCGAAAAAGAAGAAAAUCAGAAUUUGAAGAUGAAAUGGAUGAUGAAUUGGAUCGAAGUAUUACAGAAUAUGCAAAUGAACAUAUGGGAGCUGGAAAUUGUAAAAUUGAGGAAAUGAAAGAGGAAGAAGAUGAAUUGGAAAAGGAAUUAAUUCGACAAGCCAAUAAGAAAUGGCUUGAUGAUAAUGAGGAGAUUGAGAGAAGAAUGAGUGCGCUUGAAAUGUUACCGUAUGAUGUUGAUUUAACUGAUAGUGAAGUUGAUCCGGAAAUGCCAGCGGCGGUUGUGAAAGAUAAAACGGGACAAGCGAUUAAAUUGGUUUAUAGUUGUAAGAGAGGACACAAGUUCAAUGUUGUAAGUUUUCACCCAAAAAUAAUUUUUUGUUGAAAUCUAAUCAGAAUUUCAUAUUUUAAAAGUCAAAAUUGUGCUCUUUAUUUUUCCGAAUUUCGAAAUUGAAAAAGAAUUAUGAAUAUUCACAUGACUUUCUUGAAAUUCAGGCACGAGAAAAUCGCCUGACAAUUUUCGGAUAUAGGCUUAUUUAGGCUCAAUUUUGAAUGACUGAAUUCAAAAAUUAUAUUCAUCGCGUGACCUUAUUUUGCAAUUUUGUUCAAUUUUUAUUUUGAAUUCAGUUAUUCAAAAAUUUCGCAUUUUUUUUCAGGAUGAUCGCCGUAAUCGUCAAAAAGAACGUCGUCGUCGUGUUGCUGAAUCCAGUCGACCGAAAAAAGAAAAACAAGCUGAAGUCGCCAAAAAUAUUCUGGAAUGUUUCAAGGCAAAUGAACAACCGAAUACUUCAAGUUCUCAAACUCCAAAAACAUUUGAACCUGCUGCUAAAACGAAAACACCGCUGGCAUCAAUUUUGAAGAAAAACAAGCGGAAAAGUUCAGAAUCUUUGAAAAAGGAGGAAAAAGAAGAGAAAAUGGAAGAAGGAGAGGAACAUCAAGAAAAGGAAGAGGAGGAAGAGACAAAUCCGAUCAAAAAAGCUGCGAAAGAAAGAGAAAAAGAGAUUGCUCAGGUUAGCACUGUGUUGUGAAUUUUUUUUAAAAAUGAGAUUUUUCAGAACGAUGAAUUGUUUUAUGACGAUGAAGAAGAUGAUGAAAAUGAAAAAUGGGUGAAAGAAAAAAGGAAGGAAAUGAGAGGAUCUGAUGGACCAGCAAUGAACGAAGCUGAUGGAGUUUUAUCUUGUCCUGGAUGUAUGGUUGAAUUGACGAGAGAUUGUCAGAGACAUGAGGUUUAUAAAACUCAAUAUAGGUUUGUAUUGAGGGGUUGUAGAAUAGGGUCCCAUCAUAUACAACCAAAUUUGAUGAUUUUUUUUGUUCACGGCGAAAUUCGCGCUGAAAAUUCCUGAAAAUGAAGAAUUCCAUGAUUUUCGAUUUUCAGCAGAAAAUUCUGAUCUAAAAAAUUCCUGUGUAUUUUACGUUUCAAGAUUUCAUUAAUUUUUUUUGGUUCUAAAAAAUUUAGUUCUUUUUUUUUUAAAUUUUAUAUUGUUCGAGACUCAAAUUUUGCGCUGGAAGUCUAGGAAGUUGCUUACAAUUAGAAUUAAUGAAAUUUAGAAUUAUUAGAAUUAAUGAAAAUAAAAAAUUCCAUGAUUUUCAGCACAAAAUUUCAGCCUAGAAAUGUGUGUCUGAAAUUUGAAAAAGGAGGUUUUGUGCCAAUUUUUGACAUUCGAAUGCUAAAAAUAAAAACAAAUGUAAAUUUGAGUUUGAAAUCUGAAAAUGUAUUGUCUGAGGAACCAAGAUCUUGGCUUGUCCAAUUUUGAUAUUCAUUGUGACCCCAUUCUAUAAUUUACCCAUCAAUUAGUUGAGCUUAAGCCUAUUCCACAGUUCCAAUUUCCAUUUUUUCCAGAGCCAUGUUCGUCUCAAAUUGCCAAAUUGAUGAUCAAAAAAUGAUGGUUGAAAAAAGUGGGAAGGAUAAACGACGUGAUAAACAAAAAGCAAAAAAGAUGAAGGUAUAUUGUUUUAUUAUCACUGUUCCACGAAGCCAAUAAAUCAAAAACUUUGGUUAUAUAUCAUUCGCGAAAUAACCAAAAAAAAAUAAACUAGAAGAGAUUUGUUGAUCUGAUCUGUAGAAAUGGGGUUAUUGUUGGAACAUUUUACUGUGAGACCGAAAUUGAAUGAAAAAAUGUUUUGGGAAGUUUUUUUUCAAGCUUCCGAAAAAAAUUAUAUUUUUUUCAAAAAAUAAUCUAAGGUUUUAAAGUGAGUUAGAGCUUGUAUUUAAAAUAGCCAAUUAAAUUUCACUAUGACAAGGAGCCACGGCUUGAAAGUCUAGUUGUCAAGAACGCGUGUCAGGAAAUCAGUUUUUCUUGUAUCUACUCUCACAAAAAGUUAUUCCACUUGUGACAUUAGAAAUUAUUCAGUCGUUCCAUUUUUAAUAAAAUCAUCAAACCAUUUUCUCAAACCAAUUAUUCUCCCUAAAUCAAAUUAGAGUAAUUGACCAUUUUCAAAAAUCAUUGACUUUUACCUCUGCAAACAAAACCUUGGAAAUGACCGCCAAUAAUAAAUCUUCAUCGUUCUUGCAUUUUUCAAAAGAAAAGACACAAAUCGGGUGGUUCAUCUUCUCACCUGUUUCCGUUUUUUCAGGAGGACAAAGCAGAUGGUUCAUCCUCAUCCUCCACUCCAUUUGAAAUCUCCGAUCGAGAUUUAUUUCAACCUGUGAAAUGCGCGGUUUGUGGAACAUUGGUUGCUAUGAUGGAUCAUGAUGAAGUUUAUCACUUUUUUAAUGUUCUUUCUGGUUAUUCUUAA